AUGCAUUCCAAGGCUACCAUCACGGCCCUCGCCCUGGCCGGGUUCAUCACCCCCUCCAUGACUGCGCCUGCCGGCAACGAGGCUCGCCAGGUGCCUGUCGGCCUCGUUGACGGCCUCACUGGCGGCGCAACCAGCGGACUCACACAGGGCAUCACCGGCCCCGGCGGUGUCGUUGACGGCGCCACUGACGCCGUUGACGCCCUCCUCGCCGGCCUGACUGGCGGCGCCGGCGCCGUCGCUGACAUCCCCAAGGACGUCGUCGGCUCCGUCACGGGUGCUGCUAGCGGGCUCACCAGGGACCUCCCCAUCCCCAUCCCCGCCUCCUCUGUGCCUGGCCUCGCCGCGGCCAAGGGUGCCCGUCGUCGCCACAACCGCCGUCAGCUCAGCGACGUCACCGACGCCGUCAAGGGCGCUGCCGACGGCGCCAAGGACGCCGCCAAAGACGCCACGAGCGCUGCCGGCGACAAGGCCGACAAGGCCACCAGCACCGCCAGCAGCGUCGCUGAUGAGGCCACCGGUGUUCUCGGCUCUGCUCUGAGCCAGGUCACCGAGGCUCUCGACCUCGAGGGUCUCCUUGGCGGCGCCACUGGCGCUGCUUCUGAUGCCGCCUCUGGUGCUUCUGGUGCCGCUGGCGGGCUUAUCGACGCUGCCGGUGGCAUCAUUGGUGGCCUCACUGACGCUGCCAAGGGCAUCAUCGGCCAGAUCAUUCCCAUCCGUAACGUGGCCGGCGAGAGGAGAACAAGCUUCAGGCCCGUGAGGAGGACCCCAUCACCGAUCUUCUCAAGCAGCUCCUCGGUGGAGCUCGCUGGCGGCGAUAAGAAGGGUGGCCUUCUCGGCGGCGCCCUCAUCCCCGGUAUCCUUAAUGUGAAGCCUGAGGAGGAGACUAAGAUUCAGGCUCGUGAGGAGGAUCCCAUCACCGAUCUUCUCAAGCAGCUCCUCGGUGGAGCUACUGGCGGCGAUAAGAAGGGUGGCCUCCUCGGCGGCGCCCUCAUCCCUGGCAUCCUCAACGUUAAGCCUGAGGAGGUCAACAAGGUCCAGGCCCGCGAGGGAGGACCCCAUCCUCGACCUUCUCAAGCAGCUUCUCGGUGGUGCCGGCGGUGGCAAGAAGGGCGGCCUCCUUGGCGGGUGCCCUCAUCCCUGGCAUCCUCAACGAGCUAUGGUCUCCUCGGCGGCUCCAUCAUUCCCGGCAUCCUCCACGUCAAGCCUGAGGAGCAGAUGAACAAGGUCCAGGCCCGUGAGGAGGACCCUAUUAAUGGUCUCCUCGGCGGCUCUAUCAUUCCCGGCAUCCUCAGCGUUAAGCCCGAAGAGUCCAAGGUCCAGGCCCGUGAGGAGGACCCCAUCAAUGGUCUCCUCGGCGGCUCCAUCAUUCCCGGCAUCCUCCACGUCAAGCCUGAGGAGGAGAACAAGACCCAGUAA